GUCACCACGUCAGUCCGCCACCAGUCGUUGAUCUACGACCGUCCGACAGAGCGUUUUCCCUCUGCGCCCUGUUCACCGCGAUUACGCGUCUAACGUUUGUUAGUACUAGUUGUGUAUUAUUAUUUAUUAUUAUAAAUUAUUAUUAACGUGUGUGUGUGUGUUUUGUGUUAUUAUAUAUAUGUGAAUUUUUUUUUCCCCCAAUCCACACCGAACGCAGUGUGAAGUUUUCUUUGGACUUUUUUUUUUCUCAUCAUUCCACUUUUUAUACCAACACAUACGCCGUCGUCGUGUCACAUGUAUUUAUUAUUAUUAUUUUUCGAUUAUCAUCACCACCGCCGACGACAUCACGCCGCAGUAGCCGCCGCAGUCCGUCGCGACCGCCACCGCGCAGUGUAGUUAUUGGAAGCGAAAAAUUUGGAAAAAAAAGUGCACGAUUGUAGUGGUUUUUUUUAUAAAUAUAUAUAAUAAUAUUAAUUUAUUCAUACGUGUAUUAUUAUAAUAUAUAUUAUUUAUUUUUUUUUUUAUUCGAGUGCGAUGUGCGAACGACAAACUGCCGGCGAUCUGGACUACUACACGAAAACCGUCUAAAAUCGUUCGUGUGAUACUUAUGUAUAUUUAUACAACCUAACCGCCGCUAGUGAAUAUAUAUAUACAUAUAUUUUGUAUGUAUAUGUAUAUAUAGCCGAAAUAAAUUUCGUGCGCUCUUCCUUAUCGCGAGUGUGUUGCGUUUAUUUUCGGUGCGACCAUGCGGUGCCGGUUUUUGUGUAUCGUCGCCGUUUCCAUAAUUGCAUUCAUCGUAUCAAACGUCAGUGGUAAUGGCGUUUUCGAACUGAGGAUAAAAUCGUUCAGCAACGAGUUGGGUCGAGAAGCUUCGGGGGCGUGUUGCGGUGGAGUUUGCGGAACCACGCCUUGCCGGACCAAGUUCCGGGCUUGCUUAAAGCACUACGAGACCAACAUAAACAUCAACUCCACGUGCACUUUCGGCGACGUCGUCACUCCAGUGCUCGGCGAGAACAGCCUCACGCUACCGGCCAACGCCACACCGAUAGCGUUCCAUUUCAAUUUCACAUGGCCGGGUACAUUUUCGCUAAUAGUCGAAGCUUGGCACGAACCGUCGUCGGCUAGAAAUUCAGGAACGACCAACGGUUCGGAGCUGAUCACUCGCAUCACGGACCAGCGGUUUCUGAAGCUCAGCGACGGAUGGGUGAAACAGGAGUACGCCGGGUCGACCGGGGGUGUCCGGUCCCGGCUGGUGUACGAACACAGGGUCCGGUGCGAGGACAAUUACCACGGGGACGGGUGCGCCAAAUUCUGCCGACCCAGGGACGACAAUUUCGGACAUUACCUGUGCUCGGACGACGGCGACAUGAUAUGCAUGCCCGGAUGGACCGGCAGCUAUUGCAGUAAAGCUAUCUGCGCACCAGGCUGUGAUGAGAAACGGGGAACGUGUAUGACUCCAGGAACUUGCCAAUGUCACGCUGGCUGGACGGGAUCCAGGUGCGACCAGUGUCAGAUAUAUCCGGGUUGCGUGAACGGAUACUGCCAAAAACCGUGGCAGUGUCUGUGCAAAGAAGGAUGGGGCGGCAUGUUCUGCAACCAAGACCUCAACUACUGUACCAACCACGCGCCGUGCAAGAACGGCGGCACGUGCCUCAAUACGGGCCAGGGCCUGUACACGUGCUUGUGCCCGCCGGGUUUCACCGGACCCGAAUGCAAUUCGGGACUGACCAAGGGUCAGGAUUGUUCGACCGGAAUGACUUGUCUGAACGGCGGCACAUGCAAGAAGAGCGGCGGUGUGUCCACUUGCAGCUGUCCAAACAACUGGAAAGGCGUUAGAUGCGAAACGUCCACGUUGCCGGCGUGCUCGAGCUCGCCGUGCGGCAACGGCGGCACUUGCGUCAACGCGAAGAACAGCAGCGCAAACGCGGCCACGUUCGUGUGCCACUGUCCGAUGGGAUUUUCGGGACCCACGUGCCAUCAGCCGAGCAACCAGUGCCAGCCAGACCCGUGCAAGAACGGCGCGACCUGCGUGUCCAGCAAAGACAACUCGAGCUACACGUGCAAGUGCGCACCCGGCUUUACCGGCGCCCAUUGCCAGUUGGCCGACCACUGCCAGAAAAACCCGUGCCUGAACGGCGGCACUUGCCAAAUCCAACCCGACGGAUACCGUUGCCAGUGCGUGCCCGGCUACGUGGGCGAUUUGUGCCAAAGCGAGGUGGACUACUGCGUCGCCAAGCCGUGCGCCAACGGCGGCGCGUGCGAAAAUCUCAAGAACGACUUCCGGUGCUCUUGCCGGCCAGGGUUCGGCGGCAAAGACUGCAGCCAGUACAUCAACGAGUGCGUGUCGGCGCCGUGCGCCAACGGCGGUACGUGCGUGCCCAACGACGCCGGCGGCGGCUUCAAGUGCGAGUGUCCCAAAGGGUAUACGGGCGCGAACUGCACCGAAGAGCAGCCGACGGCCGGCGACCUGUCCAAGCACGUGUCCAUGGAACCGGAGAUGGCGUCCGUCAACGGCGUCCUCAUGGUCGUGUUGUCCGUGUCGGUGCCGGUGGCCGUGUUGGCCGCCAUCGCGGUGGUGCUGUGCAUGAAAAACCGACGGCGCCGCGACCAGAAGAAGGCCGACGAGAACGCCCGCAUGCAGAACGAACAGAACUCGAUACACAGCGUGGCCAAGCUGGGCGACCCGCACGUCAUCCGCAACUCGUGGGACCCGCUGCCGCCGCACGCCGCCGCCCGACAGGAGAACGUGUACUCGGAACCGUUGUGCUACGGCUCGAAGCUGACGCCCUCCCAGUCGUCCACGUCGCUGCAGAGGCAGAAGCUGCUCAACACGGACAGGCAAAAUCGAAUGUCGUUCAAGGAACAGGACGCGGCCGUAAACGCGUUGGACCGCAGGAUAUCCACGAUAUCCGUCGACUCAAACCAAUGCAACAGCACCAAUGAGGUAUCGCCCUGUCAAAACCAUUAUCAUCGCAACAUACACCAGCAGCUUCAGUAUGAAAGAGCGGCGGUAAAAUCGAUGAUUUUAGACCAAAACUCUUUUGCCACGCAAGUUUAGACUGUUUAAUAUAUAUUAUAUGUAUGUAUACAUUUUUUUUUAAGUAGACUUCUUGAUGAACCUGUCGGUACGUUUUUUUUUUGACCCUCUCGAUUUGUACACUCACACAAAAAAAAAUGACUGGCCGAUUGCGCCGUAUAAUUAACGAUUAGACUUGAACUUAUAUAUAUAUAAGCUAUUAUCUAUUUCCCUGCCACAUAACAAUUUUGUAUUUUUUUCACUAUUGAAAACAUGCGACAAUUUUCUUUCAUUUAUUUUUUUUUUUGAAAAUGCUAAAACGUAUCACUAUUAUUUAUUAUUCUCUCUAUAUAUUAUAUAAUAUAUUUUCCUCCUAUCUAUAUCUCUCUCUCUCUCUCAGUGUGUAUACCUAUCCUUAUUAUUCAUAUAUAAUAAUAAUAAUAAUAAUAAUAUUUAUUAUUAUUAUUAUUAUCACUACAAAUAGAGCCAGGGUGAUGAUCUCUCUAAGGCGUUGUGAUCGUUUUGUUGUUGUUAAAUCGUAAUUUAUAAGUAUUAUUAAAUUUAAUAUUAAUGUGUCGAACAAAAAAAAAAAAAUAUGUUCCUGUUAUUUAAUCCCUAAGUCAUUAUUUUGUAGUUUUUUUAUACGACUUUUUUUGUGCGAGUCUUUAUAGGACGAAUAAUCAUUUUUUUGUUAAACGUUAAUUAUAUAUUGAUAUAUAUGUAUAUAUACAUAUUAUUGAUAAUAAUUAUAGAAACAAAUUUAAUAAAACUAAAAAAAAAAGCUAAAAUAAAAUAAUAUGUAAAAACGAUAUAGAAAGUGCUUUUUUUUUUGUUGUUAGACUUACAAUUAUUAUCAUUAUAAUCGUGUAAAACAAAAAAUUAUACUGUAAGUUUUUUUUGUACUGUAAUUUUUUUGUAUAAAAAGAAAAAUUAAAAAUAACCCAAUUCCUUGUUUUUUGUACAUUAUUAUUUAUAUAUAUAUAUACCUCUAAUAAUAUACUCGGAACUGUGUGUUGUAUGUGUGUGUGUGUAUGUGUAAAUAAGGUAAAUAUUUACUAUUCUGAACAACGAUCAUUUAUUUUUCGUCGGUGAAUAAAAUUAAUUGUUAAAUUGACUCAUUUAAAUGUUUUUAAAUAUAUUAUUGUUGUUCCUUUGUUAAUAAAUGAUUGUUUCAAAAU